AUGAAAUUCUUCUGGAUUUUGACCACCUUGCUUCUGGAGCACCACAUGACAUUCGCCUCUCGGGACUUCUGGUCUCAAGCACAGUGGGCAGAGUUCAAGGCCAUGUACCAGAAGACCUACGGCAGCGCGGAUGAAGAGCUGUUCCGCCAGAAGAUCUUCCUCGACAACCGCUACAUGAUCGCCAAGCACAACGAGCGAUAUGCCCGGGGCCUUGUUUCGUACCAGCUAAAGAUGAACCAGUUCGGAGACCUGUUGCAGCAAGAGUUCGAAGAGUUGGUGGGCGCCGGCGUCCGAGCCGAUAAAGAGUCACUGCACGCGAUGAACGCGUCGACGUUCCUGCCCCCGGAGAACCUGGCCGUCCCGCUGCCCAAGUCGGUCGACUGGCGAAGCACCCUCGUCACGCCCGUCAAGGACCAGGGCUUGUGCGGCUCCUGCUGGGCCUUCAGUGCGGCGGCUGCCAUCGAGGGUCAACACGCGCGCAAAACCGGCCACCUGGUGGAGCUGAGUGUUCAGGACCUCGUGGACUGCUGCGGCGCGGCCUACGAUAAUGACGGUUGUAUCGGUGGACUAAUGGACAAUGCCUUCCGCUGUGUCCGAGACCGCGGCGGCAUCGACACUGCGGCCAGCUACCCUUACGUGGCAAAGGACGGCCAUUGCAACUUCAACAGCAGUAACAUUGGGGCCUCGGUGUCCGGCCUGGUGGUUGUGCUGCCGCGUGAGGACGAAAAGAUUUUACAGAUAGCCGUGGCCACUGUGGGACCCAUCUCGGCAGCUGUCAACGCCAGGCUGCGCGGCUUCCGGUUUUACUCAAAAGGCGUAUACAGGGACGACUCCUGCGUAUUGUACGAAGUGUCCCACGCCGUGGUAAUCGUCGGUUAUGGGGUCACCGAUGACGGGACACCUUACUGGAUCGUUAAGAACAGCUGGGGCCAGAAGUGGGGUCAGGGGGGCUACGUCUAUCUGGCCAAGGAUGCGAAAAACCAGUGUGGAAUCGCGAGCCUGGCCAGCUUUCCGCUCGUCUGA